GAAAGGCAACACCGGGUAUGUGCAGCCCGAGACGGAGUCUGAACGGCUUAGACGAUAUGCCCACAUGACCAGGCUUCAGCGCCUGCAGGCGUGGCUGCAGUCCCAUAAGUAUGAGAUGGUGAUUGCUGCCGUUCUGUGCGUGAAUGUCUUGUGGAUGGCCUUCGAACUGCAGCUUAGCGGUGCCGACACCGGCUACCACAUAGGCGUUGUCAGCUCCCCCCCAGUUCCUGUGGAGACUUGGACAACUUGGACGGAUGUUUUGGAGGUCGGCGACUUGAUUUUCACCGUGUUCUUCGUGCUGGACGUCGCAGUCCGAAUCCUCGUCUUGCAGAAGAUCUUCUGGCAGGUUUGGAUGAACUACGUCGACGUGGCCGUCAGCGUCGCAUCCCUCAUUGAGGUCACUGUCUACCAUGCAACGACUCUGCCUGUGAACCCGAUCCUUUUCCGACUGGUGCGGAUUGGAAAGCUGGCCAGAGCUAUUCGGAUGGUUACCAUGACCAGUAUGUUGCAAUCCCUGCAGCUGCUGGUUAAGUGCUUGGGCUCCAGCAUGAACAUGCUCUUCUGGAGCUUUUGCUUGCUGACCUUCGUGCAAUGUGUUGCUGGACUUAUUCUGAGUACACUCUGUCGCGACUUCCUCCUGGACGAAACGGCCGACCUAGAUAUCCGAGAGGAGGCUACUGUGGCUGCUGGCUGA